AUGGCCUUGGAAUGCGAGAAACCGAAAUAAUUUGAAAUUGAGAGUAUCGCGCUCCACUCACCGCUGGGCUUAAAUCAAAAUUGAAGUUACCAUCCGCUUCAGUAGUUCGAUUUGAGGGCUUUCUACUUGCUUCUUCAUCUCUUGAAUUACCCCUUUUGUUCUUUUCAUCUUCCUUUCAGACUUCACCAUGGAAGCGCUUUACUCCAAGCUCCAUGAAAAAUACACUCAUCUCAAGACUAAGAAAUUUACUGAAACGGAGGAGCUCAAUCGCAACCAAGAAGAGAAAUUCAUGGCUUUUACAAAAGCCUCAGAUGAACUCCUAGAACAGUAUAGAAUUGAGAAUGACAGACUUAUGGCAGAAAAUGAUGAUUUGAGAUGCGAACUGGCUUCAACAAGAUCUCGCAUGGAUGAUAAAAUCGCUGAGUAUCAGAAGCUUUUGAUGGAAGAAAAUCACAAAAAAAGAGAACUUCUACAAGAAAUUGAAAGGCUGCAAAGUCUACAGCGGGAGGGACUAUGUUGCAUUUCCAGGUUUGAGAAACAUGAGAAGCCAAGUUCACCUGAGAGGUCUCAGGCUGGUUCAGAUCUGGUGGAUAAAUUGGCUUCAAGUAAAAGGAAAUUUAGUACCUCUGGAGCUAGUACAGAAACUAUAGAUACACAGUGUGGAGUUGGGGAACUUGAUCAGGCUGCUUUGGGAAAUUCAACUGACCGAUCCUCCAAAAGAAGCAGGUUCAGUGAAAAACUACUGGAAAGUGAUCAGCCAAAAUGCUGUAAACAAAAGACAAGCCUUUCAGGCGGUGAAGAAAAUGUACCUGGUACUACCAUCUGCAUGUUUCAAGAGCUUGUUGAGUGCUUAGUUGGCAUGAAAGUUUCUAUUGUUACCAAAGCUGACGAAACAUGUAUUUCUGCAGUUCAUCAGUCAAGUGGUUAUUCUUUUAGUCUAACAUGGAUGAAGAAUUCACAAGGAGAUGAUGAGUUGCUGUAUCGUGUAUUGUCACUGGGCACCAUUGAAAGCAUUGCGCCAGAGUGGAUGAAGGAAAUCCUAAUGUUUAACACCAAAAUGUGCCCCGUCUUCUUUGAGAGGAUGUCCCGUGUUGUAAAACUUUACUAAAUGCAGAGUGCUUAUUCAAGCAUCACAUGAUUCUGUACUUUGUAUUGUAAUUGCUAUUAUGUUUGGCCAUUGUGAUUAAAGUCCGCCUUUGAUCCA